AUGAAAGAAUUGGAACCCAUUCUUCUUGAAUAUUGUGACGAAGAUCUUACAAAGCUACUAGAGAAGGAUAUUCCUCUUGGAGAAAAGCGACAUUGUGUAAUAACACAUAAUGAAAUGACAUUGUCUACAAAUGAUGAUGAGAAAACGGGAUGGAGGCCCGAAGGCGAACACAAACUGCGUCCAAAAGGACAAGGCAGGGGCAUUCAUGUUAGUGAAUUUUUAUAUGAACCGCUAAGUCAAGUUCAUUUAACUGAAGAACAACAUGCAGCCCAUCCCAAAAUUUCAAAAUGUUACAUUACGGAGUUGUUGGAAAUUGGCGCAAACUACGAAGGUUAUUGA